AUGGGACUGACCCUGAAGCUACUCACUGGAUGCCUUCUCCUGAGUCUCUGUGUGAUGAUCGGCUCUGGCCAACACUGGUCCUAUGGUCUUCGCCCUGGAGGGAAGAGGGAUGCUGACAAUUUGAUCGAUUCAUUCCAGGAGAUGGCCGGUGAAGUGAACCAGCUGUCGGAGCCUCAGCGUUUGGAAUGUACCAUUCACCAGCCACGGUCGCCGCUCCGGGAUCUGAAGGGGGCUUUGGCCAGCCUGAUCGAAGGGGAAGCCGGGAGGAAGAAGGCUUAACGCCCCCCCCAGACCCAGAGAGACUCCCCACCUCUGUGGAGCUGAAGCAGCGACCCACGGGAUGGCGUCAUGUGGAGACGCGGCUGGGGGCCGCCCUGAACCGAAGCACGUCCCUGCCUCGAGAACACCCCGGAACCGAAGGGGGC